AUGUCUUCUUUUUUUCGCCUCCUUUCAUGUCUAUUUUUAACCUAUACGUUUUCAUUGACUUCUCCACCAAACGACCUACUUACAUACGAACGCAUAGUUGGUUUUUUGCCAAUAUUUCUUUCCAAUAUUUAUUUCAUUUUUUUUUUAUUUUCAUUAUUGUAUUAUUUUUCAUUCCUUAUCGUGUUUUCUUUCUUUUUUUGUCUUUUUUCGCUUCCCAUUCUUUAUCUCUCUCUCUCUAUCUAUCUAUCUAUCUAUCUAUCUCUAUCUCUCUAUCUCUCUCUCUCUCUCUCUCUCUUUGAUGAUUUUUAUUUCUUUAUCGUCCCAGAAAACAAAAAUGUUUAUCGAUUUUUCCGUAAUUUCUUCUUCCUCUCUUUCUUUUCUCUUUUAUCUUCUUUUUCUUCCCGUCUGUUAAUUUUGUUCUCUCGAUUUUAUCAUUUCUUCGUCUUUUUCUUCGUUAUUCUCUUUUCUUUUACUUUUUUUUCUCCUUCUCUCAUUCUUUUUCAUAUUUCUCGUUUUCUUUCUGUCCUUUCUUUAACUCUCGAUUUCAUUUUCUUUUUUUUUUUUUUUAUACGUAUUUUUUACAUUCUUAAACAUUUUAUCUUUUCUUUCUCUUUUCCUUUAUAUUUUAUUACUCUGCAUUUUUCUUCUUUUUGUCUCCUUUCAUAUUUCUUUCAUUGUUUUCUUUCAUUAGCUGUCUUUCUUUCUUUCAUUCUUUCUUUCUUUCUUUCUUUCUUUCAUUCUUUUCUGUCGCUCGUUCGCAGAAAUUCUUCCUUCACUCUUUCUAUUUUUCACUUUUUGUCUUUCUUUUUUCGUCUAUUCUACACUGUUUAUUUCUUUUCUAAUUAUUCAUUUAUUUCCUUCUUUGUUCUUAUGCUUUUGGUCUCCUUUCCUAUUUCUUUCCUGAUGACAACCGUUAUCGUUCAAUCACCGUUCGAUAACCCCUCUCUCCCUUGUUGUUUUUACUCUCUCUCUCUCUCUCUCUCUCUCUCUCUCUCUCUCUUCCAUUUACUUUUAUCUUCAUCAUUCUUUCUUUUUAUCUUUUUCUUUGCUGUUCUUGUUUUCUUUCUUUUUUUCUUUUUUUCUUUUUCUUUCUUUCUUUCUUUUUUUUAUUUCUUUCUAUCUAUAUUCUCUUACUCUCUUUUUCCUCUUUCUUUCUCUUAUCUGGACACAGCACAUAGAGAAGAGAAACGUCUUCCUCUGCAUGUAUUUUCCCACUUUCCACUAAACGUCCUUUUUUUAACUCUUCCUCUCUCUGUUAAUCUCUCUUUUCAUUUCUCACCCUUUUUUUCUGCUUAUAAUGUUUUUUUCGAUCUCUCUCUCUCUCUCUCUCUCUCUCUCUCUCUCUAUCUAUCUAUCUAUCUAUCUAUCUAUCUCUCAUUGGUGCUUUUAUUAUCUCUUUCCUUUUUCAUCUCCCCCUCUCUCACUUCCUCUUUUCUUUUAAUAUCCUUUUCGCUUUUCACCUCUGUUUCGUUUUUGUUUUCGCAAACUAUUGCGUUUGUCUUUCAACCUUCCUUUUCUUCUCUUUCCCUUUUCACCUCUCCCUCUCUCUCCUUGUGUUUACUGUGUUUCUCUUUUAACUCACGCUCUUUCCGUGCUUCUAAUGUCUAUCUUUUUUUCUUUUUCGUCUCUUCUUUCUUAUUUCGUGCUUUUACUACCCAUGUCUUUAUAUUCCAUUUUUCUCUUUCUCUCUUUUUCUACCUCUUGGUUUUACUAUCUCUAUUUUGUCUCGCCGUCUCUCUUUGCUUUUACUGUAUUUUCUCUUUGCAUCACUCCUUCUCGGCUUCUUAUUUUUACUAUCUAUCGCUUUCUCUUCUCAUCUAUCACUUUCUCCUUAUUACUUUUACUAUCUCUUUCUUUUUCUUUUCUCUCUCUCUCUCUCUCUCUCUCUUGCUUUCUCUCUCUUUCCAUCUUGCUCCGCUGGCGCCGUGA